CUAUAGCCGGAGCCAAUGGCCCGCCCGGUGGCGGGCAUGCGCGUUUCACGCGAGGCAAGGCGGUUGUGCGCGUGUGCGGCGGGCGUCGGCUGGACAACCGGCGACGUUCCCGGCCGGGCCGGGCCGGACCGGGCUGGCGGGAGCGGGAGCGGGAGCGGGAGGAUGGAGCCGCCGUCCGGCCACAGAGCUCUGUACAAAGGCCGCGCUGCCCCGUGGAAGGAGGCGUACAGGCAGAGAUGUGUUGCGCGACUGAAGAACAGCCGAGCAAAGCUGUUGGAAAGGUAUAGGCACAUGGGAAAUGAUCCAGACUGUAACCUCAGAGAGCCCUUCCUUGUACAAGAAGUGAUGGAAGAAGAAUGGAUAGCUUUGAAAGCACUGGACACACGUUUACCAUCACUGUGGAAGGAAGGGGAGUUUGACAGAGGUGCUGAAUACACUGGAAAAUAUAAGUGAAUUGGCAGAGUUUGAGGAAAUGAACAGGAACUCCUCAAUGAAGAACAGGCCAUCAUAGAGGAGUACGAGGCCAGCUUGCGUUUUGAUGAUGCUUGCUUGAAUGCCAUUAUGAAGGAUUUAAUGACACUGACAGGCUUGUAUGUCCUGUCUGUAACAGGAAUUACCUGAGUGUUAGCAGUGACUUUAUAACUUGCUCAUGUGGGAUGUGCAUUAAUACCCAGGGGAUGACAGUACAGCAAAUUCGAGCUCUUCUGGAACACAACGUCACUGAACACAGCAGUUUAUGUACGUGUCGUCCAGUCUUCUCUGUUGUAUAUGGUACAGAAGCAGAAGCUAUGCUUCUAAUGAGCUGUCAGGCUUGCGAUUACCUGUCUGUGAUCCUAUAGGUCCUAUGUCUUCUGAGAUCCUGUCACAAAAGUAACGAGGAACAAACUCCUAGGGAUUUAAGUCUGUACAACAAGAAGACUGCUUUGCCACACUGCACUGUAGUGUGUUCUGUGUUCUACCUUUAAUUUAACAAAGAUUUCUUUUUAUUAUGUACAUAUAUUUACUCCAGAUGGAAAGUCCUUUUUUUAAAAUCGCCCCCUGAUGUUGGUCAAUAAAAUCAGAAAAUAAUACCAAGUUGAUCUCAAGUUUUGA